AAUCUUGGGUUUGUUUACUUGGUAAAAAGAAGCAGCGUUUUGAAGAGUUUACCCAUGUAAUAGGAAGAUUAUAGCCCCAUACUGAACGAACCAAACUGCUGAACAAACUUGCCUCCUCAAGCAAGAAUGCGGGCUUGGGUUCCCUGUGGAUAAAGUGGAAAAUGGCGGAAGAGAAGGUGCCUGUACUUGCUGUACUAGUUUGUACACUUUUAUCGACCUUUUUACCGCCAGUCUUGUCUUUAUCAAAAUGUUCAAUGAUUGAUGCAUGCAAAGCCUCUACAGAUAAAGGCAAUAUUAACUUGUGGCCUCUCAUUGAAACAGGAAAACCUCCGAGGUUUAGCAAUAUCAAGGAAGAAAAAAAUAAAGAUAAUACUUACUCUUGGAACCCUUGCAACCCUUGGACAGAAAAUGCAUCAUCUGGAACUAAUGAAUGUAAAGAUGUAGCAGUUUGUUUGCUCCAUGUUAAUUCAGGAGAAACCUUAUAUUAUGGCGUAGGAAAAGCUAACACUACUAGAUUUCAACUUGACGGUGGUACUGGCGAUUGUUCUAUUACAUAUACUGGUCAUUUCAUAUCCCUAGCAACGCAAGUACAAAUAAACUUGAACUGCAAUGAAGACGAAGAAGGAAGAAUAGAUGAAUUUAUCCAUUCACAAGACUCUGAAAUAAUUAAAGCAACAUUACAUUCUAAAUAUGCUUGUCCUCUAAACAAGAACCUUAGCACUGGAUCAGUACUGCUUAUCAUUUUUUUCAGUGUGUUGGUGAUCUAUUUGCUGGGCGGGAUGCUAUUUCUUAAAGUGACCAGAGGAGCUAGAGGGAAGGAGCUGUUGCCUAAUUACCCCUUUUGGUCUGAUCUAUUCAUGCUUAUGCAGGAAGGUUGUGUUUUUACCGUUGACAAAGUAAAGGGACUUUGUGGAGGCAGAAGUACUGGUUACCAGAGUAUUUGAUCUCAAUAGUAGCCAGCCUUUUGAGUUUGAAAAAGGCAGUCUUAAUGCAGGUAGGAUAGUAAAAUGACAAAGAAAGAAUCAGGGUUCUUAUUAUGAUAUUUUUAAAAUGAAUUGAAUGUUAUUUAGGAUAAUUUACACUUUUAAAUACCUUGUGGUGAUUCAAAUUUGUGUGAUUUAUACUCAACACGGUUCUGACACGGUUCUGAUUGGACAAGAGGAGACUUACAGUUAAAUCCCAAAUUGUACUCUGUAGAGCCCCAAUCAAGUUGCUCAAUUUUGUUGAGUGUAUUAUAACCAAAAAAUCACACAAUCUUCUCAUACAAUUCA